AUGGUUGCUCUGCACGCCAUGGCUGCUGCUGCUGCUUCUGCUGCACUCGGCGCUCUCAUCCUGGGGACUCGAUCCGUGCGUGCCGCACAAUCUCCUCUACAGCCCAUCCCAUACAACAUCUCGUUCCCCGACACGGCGUCCAUCCUCACCUACACCCCGUCAAAGCAGGCAGUGGCCUCCAGGGGAUGGAACACGACCUUCUCCGGAGACGCAACACAGUGGAGCAGCUAUGUCGCCAACACCAUCGGCCAGGGCAACUCGACCACGUCCACCUCGUACGCCGGUGCACGCGUAGACAUUAUCUUUGCGGGCACAGGCGCCACCUUUGAGGGAACCACGGCCAACGGCGGCACAGUGGCCCUGCUUGUCGACGGUUUCCAGCAGUCAUAUGUGACUGCGGAUCCUGGCAAUGUCGCCGCUGUGAGCGGACUGUCGCCUGGCCAACACAAUGUCUCGAUUGUUCUCGUGUCUGGAACAGUCUCUCUGACGGGUGUCACACUCACCAUGGGGCUGUACGCCCAGUCGUCCGAGGCCAUUGCGGCUGCUUCAGCCUCACCCACCACCAUUGAUUUCGAGAAGGUGGUGUCUGGCACUGCGGUCAUCAACUCUGUUGUGACGACCGGCAACGCUUCUGACUGGACGCCCAACAGCGUCCUGGGCGGCGGCGGCGGGUACGGCCAGCAAGCAUAUGACCGCAUCGGAUCAAACAUUGAAGGCGCGACAGCCAUGAUCUCGCUCGGGACAGGCAACACCUUUGUGCUUCUGAGCGGCUCUUCCUCGUCCGACCACGGCCUGUACACUGUCCAGCUCGACCCGCCUCCUCCAGACCUCCCGGAAUCGCAAGUCUUGACGAGCUACAACCCAUGGACCGUCGCCAACUCUACACUCUUUGCGGCCGGCCUCUUGCCAAACACGACGUACAACCUCACCAUGACAGUUGGUGCCGGCGGAUGGAGUGACGUGGGAACGGCCCAACUCUGGAGUGUCGGUAAUGGAACCGGUAAUGCUACCGAUUCUGGUGGUGGGACGGGCGAGCCCAGUGGGUCUAGCGGGUCAAAGAGCAACAUCGGGGCCAUUGUCGGUGGCGUGGUUGGCGGCGUUGUUGCAAUUGCCCUUAUCGGCGCACUUGCCUGGUUCCUCAUCCGCAAACGCAAGAGAGCAUCAAACGUACGCAGCGUGCAAGGUCGGGCCGGCUACCCAGUCAUCGACGACGACGACUCAGAGGUCCGAUACUCGCCCAUUGCCACCGACGUCCCAGCUUCUCAGAUCACACCGUAUGACGGCACCGCCUCCCAGUCCGGCACGACACGGUCCGCCGACAGCCGCAGUCGUGACACGGCGCAAUACACGUCGAUGACUGGCCUCCGGGUCCAGAACGCAGACGACGAGGGCGCGUCGUUCCUCACGCAGACCACGUCCAACGAAAAGAACUCGAGGCGAAACCGCCCCAGGGCAUUAAUCCAGACGCACGAAGAGGUCGACGCAGGACCCGUCGUCCGGUCCGUGGCCGUGCCGCCUCGCUACGACCCCACAUGGGCGGCGAGCACAGCGGAUCCCAGCGAGGGUACAGCUACCCCGCCUACGGUUUUCUCUCGUGAGGAGGCAGACGACCGCCUACUGUAUCGUGAAUAA